AUGGACAUUAAUAAGCUCAAGAAGGGCUUCAACGACACCACAGAAUCCGCGAAGGAUCAAAUCAGUAAAUUCUACGAAAAGCCAGGCGAGACCGCAAACGAUGCUUUGAACAAGGGCAAAGAACAGGCUGCCUCUGCUGCCGAGAACGCCAAGGCGACCUUGGACAAGGCUCUGGGCAAAGGAGAGAACAACAACGUUUGA